CUCACUCACUGUUCAUCACCGCCCACUCUCACUCAUUGUCCGUUAGCACCCACGCUCAUUUCCAGUCCCUCAAUUUCAACUCGACAUCUUGAUCAUCUGAAAGGCAUCGAGGACCUACCAACAUGAAGAUCGCGAUUUUGUCACUCGCUCUCGCCUUCAGCGUUGCCGCAUCCGCCGUCCCUGCUGUGCAGGCUGCACCCGAAGUUGCUGUCCGAAACGCGCCUCAAAGCAUCAUCGACUGCAACUACUGCACCGGCAUGCUCGAUUUCUGUUUCCAGAACGGACACACUUCAGGUCAGGAGGGCUGCAAGCAGACCUGCCGUGAGCAUGUGUGCCACCGCAAGCCAGAGUGCAAGAAGUGCCACGGCGAGUUCGAUCAGUGCCCUGAGCGCUCGCGCUACCACCACUAGCUCACACGGCAGCUCUUGGGUUCGAGGCGUAUAUUGCGGAGAUAUUCAGUGAAAGGAGACUAUGGUUUGCGAUGCAUGGUGAGCGACUGGACGUCAUGUCGAAUCAAUUUCGCAGUGACAAGUAUGCAGGUCUAGAGAAUGUCAC